AUGGCAACUCUCGUCUAUUCCCCGGCUGAUCUGAGCCGCCAAAUCGAGCGCAACAUCUCAGUGAUCAAGAGCGUCUUCGAGCCCGAUCACGUCAGCUAUACGAAGCGAAUCCCGAAUUGUCAGAAAUGCGGUCAACACGGCCGAAAGAAUCGUUUGAAGGGACACAAAAGGGUUUGCCCUUUCAAGGAUUGCACUUGUCCAAAGUGCCAAGUCGUGUCCGAACGACAAAGGUUGAUGGCUGAUCAGAUCAAGAUUCGACGACGUCAAAGAAAAGACACAAUUAUUAGUCUCACUCGUGAAAGCAUCUCGGCAACCCUCUCCGCUUUGGGACAACUUCCAAAUGGGAAUGUGAACAAUUUGAUUUACAACAAAUUAAAGCCAUCGGUCGGCUCAACGGACAGCCAAGAGUCGAUGACCGACCCCGUCCUCCCAAAGGCUUAUUCCCCUCCGAUCGCCCCAAUUCUUACCCCGACCACCGCCGAUAUCUCAUCGUUGAUCAUGAGCACCGCGACAACCAUCCCCUCAACACUUCCAAUUCAAGAAAUCUCAAAAACGACUUCAAUGUUGGACCCGCUUCUUUUGCCAUUAGCUGCACCAAUUGAACCGAUCACAACAAUGUCAAGUAUUCUGCCAACGAGCCCAGUAACCACACCAACUUUUGGUUUCUCAGAUACAUUAGCCAUGCUCUCCUCAUUGUCUCUCCCCUUGACUUCACCCAAUUCGACGACAAAUUCCUCAUUCCAAUUCCCCCAAAUGCUUUCCAAUGAGCAACUCCUUCAACAAAUCCUUCUUAGCUAUCAAUUCUUGGCACAAGAAACGAUUGGGAAUUCGGAGAAACACGGCGGAAUUGAUGGAAAGGCUGCCAUCCGCGAAGCCAACAACAAGAACUCGAUCAUCGACAUUUGUUCGGUU